GGCCGUCUUGCACCUCUUUGUACAAUACUCACCACAUCCAGUGCAUUGCAAACGCCUCUUGUACCCAGUCUAUCAACCGACCUCGAAAGAAACACACUGUGGUGCAGCACGUCGCAGAAGCAGCCCGAUGGUAACGCAACGAAUACGUAGGGGGUCACCCUCUCCAUCCACCUCCCUGGCGGAUUCUUCGUUGGUGUUUGUAUUGGCGGUGGCAAUGGUCAGUUUUUUUGCYGGSACAUUGUUUGCCGCGCACAUGAACAUGGAUUGCCUCGGGCACGAYGUCACCAUUAGGGGCGGGAGCAUCACCGGGGACCACCAUUUCAUGAACGCCAGGGUGGAAGAAUUAGCGCAGAAGCGUGUGCGAGGUACGUKUGCAGUAUCGUGUUUGUGGGAUUGUUUGCUUGGAAAGCUGUGAGUUGACGCASGCUCGGUGCGCCUUUCCGAUCCGUUCGUUGUUYGGUCGAUGAGRUUKUCAGGCACCGUACAACAUCUCACCACGACACUGCCAAAAAACMUUUUGGACGACAACAUGACUGUCAMUGYAACAUCAAUAUAUGCGCCUGAACCCMUUGCAGAGUUGCAAAAGGCAAUGYCUACRCCCAAGUGUAGUGACAAAGACGGCGAGGUUSCYAUCGAYCAACUCGGCCYKGAACAKACRUCGCCACCGAGAAAGGAUACGGAACCAUCRCUGCUGAAAUUUCCGGACACCACCAACAAUUACGCACGCGGGAUGGUCCGAACCCCUAAGACACAGUUUUUUGACCAACUCGACMUUGGGGUYCCCAUGGAUCCGGCCAAGGCGGGGGAUUCGGACGUUCUGAUUCUGUACAACCGAGAAAAGGCCCUUCCAGAUGACUACUAUGACACUUCGUUGCUGUCGAAAGCUGUGCAAWACGACGACGAUCGAAACUCGGAGUCGUCAUCCAGUAUCCCAUCGAUAGGGACCAAGGACGCCCUMAAAAAUUGUGACUACGUCAACGUUGUUCUAUCGUAUCACGAAGGACGCGCCAACUACUGCACAGCGAUUGUUCCGCAGUACGAAUCGUACCACAUCCAGAAAUGGAUGAGGCUGGGCGACGGGAAAGAGAAAAAGGGCGUCGAUCCCUCGGCGGAACUGCAGCUUGUGUCCCGAGGGAUGCAGAGCAAUGGGAAAAACCAGUUCGAGCCGCCCGUCGAUAGGAAUCGCAGGGAGGCCUGGGGGAUGCUCACCACGUACUAUUCGUCUUUUGCCGACGCGACGGCUGUCCUCAAGCCGCUCGUCAAGAAGGUGGCCACGAGAAAGAAGACCGUCACGGUGAUGGUGUCCAAUUUUGGACAGAGCGAGCUGCUGGUGAAUUUUGUCUGCGCCGCACGAUCGCGGAACAUGGACAUUUCGUCCAUCCUGGUCUUUGCCACCGACAUGGAAACGAAAGAGCUGGCGGAAAGCCUGGGACUGACCGCCUUUUACGACAAAUGGGUAAGUGUGCGACGGAACAGCCACUGCAACACCGUGUUUCAUGACUUCAUUGCGCUUCUGUAGGAAGAGCACCACUACCGUUWSAUCCGAGUCUGAUGUAUCUUUUUUMWUCACGUUUCRUUSCCUGGCAAUUGCCCAACAAUAAAUUUUAUUGCGACGC